AUGGCUGAGGGAGGAUCUGACUAUGAGCCGUCGUCGCCAGAUGACACCAGCAGUCAGUCCUUUGACUCACUUUUACUGGAAUGUCCUAUCUGUCUGGAACAGCUGCGACGUCCCAAGUCCCUGCCUUGUCUACAUUCGUUUUGUCAGGAAUGCCUGGAUAACUACAUCUCCAGGGAGGCGUCUGGUAAGAUGGCGUCCUCUUUUUCCUGUCCUGUAUGUAGGAAGGUCACCGAGCCGGUGAACCAGUCAGAAGAAAAGGAACGCUGGGCAGAGCAGUUUCCCACUAACAAUCUGGCCGUAGAAAUGAUCCGACAACUACAGAAGACGGAUCAGUCGAUUCCAUGUAAACCAUGUGAGAACAAAGGAAGCAUUGAUGUACCGGCGAAGUACUGGUGUAAGAUAAUCAAUACUUACUUCUGUGGCGAAUGUAAAAUCAACAUACAUGAUCUGCUUCAUGUAGAAUGUGAAAUGGAGAACGUAACGGAAUUCACCAAAUCUGCUAUGAUACGAAGAGAAGCCUCGAUCCCUGGGUGUGGAAAACACAAAGAGAAGAUGGAGUACUACUGCGAAGACCACCAGCUCCUUGGAUGCAACAAAUGUAUCGUCGUAGAUCACCGGAAGUGUGAGGAAGUGACGUCAGCAGAGGAUUACCGGGAUAAGUUAGUUAAAACAUCGAAGGUUGACGAUCCUCAGGAUCUUAGAAAAUGUACCGAUGCCAUGGAGAUACUAAUUAAAGAUUUUGGCGAAAAACUUCAUUCCAUGAAACGGGACUACGAGACCGCUCUGAAAAGUAUAUCUGACUUCCGGAAAAAGAUCGACGAGCGAUUCGAUAGCUUACAGAAAGAGAUUACUGACGCGGAGGUCGAGUCCGGUAAAGAACUUGUACAGGAGUUGGAAAAGUCAUCCAGAUCUACAAAUCUUAGGCAUGAAUAUGACCCGGAUAUACUCGCCGUCAACGCCAAGACCAGUCUUUCUAUGGGAAAGAUAGUCGUUCAUCAACAGCAGAGGAGACUUCCACCUACUGCGUUUAAUACCGCGGUGCCAUUGUCUGAACGCCACGUGAAGAAGAUGGGGAGGUUCAAUAUCAGAGUUCCUUCAGAUACAAAUGACUGCCGCGCGAAGGGAGUUCUUCUUCUGUCUGAUGGCCGUAUUGUUGUAGCAGAUGGUGAAAACAAAAAACUGAAAUUGUUUACAGAAAAUGGAGAUUUUCAUUGUGAGGUCAAAUUGACUUAUACAUCUUAUGAUCUUUGUCGUAUUCGUGACAACUAUGUGGCGUUAAUGAUGGGCAAAGUUAAAACCAUAUGUGUUGCUAGUGUCGUCGGUUUAACCUUGAACAAGUUGUGGAGUUUUCAGAUUCCCGACAUUCCAGAAAAAUGUCUUGGUGUCACAUACAGCAACAAAGUGCUUUCGGUAGGCACUGGAAAAUCGCUUUACAGCGUAAUGGAAAAAAAUGACGAAGCUAAAAUCAUUCACACGAUUGAAUCAAAAUGCUUUAACCUCAGCUGUAAUGAUCAGAAUGGACACGUCUUUGCUAGUAUCUAUACCACUACUCCUGGUGAUUGUGCCGUGACCAGACUGUCUGACGGUACUAACGCGGACGUGCUGAAGGUCGGAGCCGUGAAGGGUGCAAAGGGAACUGACGUGGACAGGGAGGGUAACGUGUAUAUUUGUGGAUGUUCUUCACACAACGUCAUUCAGAUGUCCGGGGAAGGAACCGAUGUCAGGGAACUAUUGACGUCAUCAGAUGGACUGAAAUGUCCCAGAGCGAUUUCCGUUAUAGUAAUAACAAAUAAUUCGCGAGACCAAAGAAACUUUGUUCACAUAUUACAGCUCGUUUGACCUAUGUACACGUUUUACCGCACGUUUAAACUUUGAACACGUGUUCCAGCUCGUUUGACCUUUGUACAUGUAUUGCAGUUCGUUUGACCUUUGUACACGUGUUUCAUCCAUUGAAACGUUGUACACCUGUUCCAGCUCGUUUAAACUUUGAACACGUGUUCCAGCUCGUUUGACCUUUGUACAUGUAUUGCAGUUCGUUUGACCUUUGUACACGUGUUUCAUCCAUUGAAACGUUGUACACCUGUUCCAGCUCGUUUAAACUUUGAACACGUGUUCCAGCUCGUUUGACCUUUGUACAUGUAUUGCAGUUCGUUUGACCUUUGUACACGUGUUUCAUCCAUUGAAACGUUGUACACCUGUUCCAGCUCGUUUAAACUUUGAACACGUGUUCCAGCUCGUUUGACCUUUGUACAUGUAUUGCAGUUCGUUUGACCUUUGUACACGUGUUUCAUCCAUUGAAACGUUGUACACGUGUUCCAGCUCGUUUAAACGUUGUACACGUGUUCCAGCUCGUUUAAACUUUGAACACCUGUUCCAGCUCGUUUGAAUGAUUAA